AUGGCUACCACAGAAAGUAUCACAAAAAAAUAUUAUACCACUAUUGCUCAAUGGACUGGACUUAAACAUGGAGGAGAGAUAUACAAUAGCUUAAAAGAUGGUGUGUCGACACAAAUAAUCAAUGAACGAAUUUGUGGGAAGAAAAAUAUAUUGUUUCUAAUAAUAACAAAUGAAGGAUAUAGCUUUGGUGCGUUCAUUUCUGGUCUUAUUCCGUCUCCAAAACCCCACCCAGAGUAUGUGAAAGACACUUCAAAACAUUUUGUCUUCACUUUAAAUAAUCCUUUCAACACGGAGCCGACUGCGUUGAAGAGAAAAGAAAAGAAAGGGAUGACACUUUGUGUCUUCCCAAACAAUGAUCACACCAACGUUCUUGAAAUAAAGAAGUGCUUCUCAAUAAAAAACGACGGGAAGUCUGUAGUAUCCCCUUUUUUCAAUCAGAAAUAUGACGACACAACACAAUAUAGUAGUUGUUUAUUUACUGGGGAGGACACCAUCAAUUACAAAGAAAUUUCAGCAAUGCAGUGGGAAUAA